AUGUGUGAGUGUCUCCGUGGAAUAUUCCGAGUCACCUGGACACCUUCCUCCGAUGCAGACUCAGAUAGAGAAGACGACGACGGCCAUGUUUACAGCGCCAGCAGAGGUCAAACUGUGAAAGAUAAGAAGCGGUCUCCCCCUUCCAGCAGACCCCCCACCGGCCCACAACGCAACCCUCACCACAGCACCUCUGCAGACGAACACGAGAGUCCUGAAAGAGUGGAGCAGAAGGAGAAGCUCCAUGCAGAGUUGAAGCAGGUGCUGAGUCAGAAAAGAAGUCAAUUGAGAGCGUCCACCUGCCGACUGGCCCAACCAGAGAUGGACCCCGAGCCUUCUAACGGGCAAACAGCAACAGCAGAAGCCGCCGAGCCUCCAGUGGAGAUCGUGGUGGAGACGGAGGCCGAAGCCGGAGCUAGCGGCUACAGCGUGACCGGCGGUGGCGAGCAAGGCAUUUUCAUCAAAGACGUUCUCAAAGACUCACCAGCCGCCAAACAUCUCAGCCUGCAGCAAGGUGACCAGCUGCUCAGCGCCAAGGUUUACUUUGACAACGUACGCUAUGAAGACGCUCUUAAGAUCCUCCAAUGUGCCGAACCCUACAAAGUCAGCUUCCUGGUCAAGCGGACAGUCCACGGACAGGAGGUCUGUAUGCGACCCCGCCUACCCAGUGUGGAUAUCAAGGGUCCUAAAGCCAAGAUGGCCAAAAUGAGCGUGAAGGGCAUGAAGCCUUUUAAGGCCAAGAAGAAGCGAGGCGGUCGCUUCGGUCUGAAGAGGCUGAAGGAGAAACGGCGUGAGGAGCUGGUGAUUGAAGGAACGCCUCCCUGGCUGGAAAUGAGCGACGUGGAUGUAGAAUUCUGCCUACCCAAAUUCAAAAACAGACGGAGUGACCACCUGGAGGCAGAAGGGGGGGCUGCGGUCAAGGCAAAGAGGAAAAUCAGAUUUCCUCGGAUGAAGACGAAAGGUCAGAGUGGAGGAAAAGAGGACAGUGGAAGACUGGAGGCAAAGGGGAAGUUUUCACCAGCUGAGAUUCCUGGAGCCAAAGUGAAAGCCAAAGGAAAAGCUCCCAAGUUUGGAAUCAACUUGCCUGUGAGCAAGGAUGCCAAGUCUGUAUCGGUGGAACUGGAGAAGCCGGACGUUAACAUCCCGCCGCCAUCUUUAGAGUUCAGUCUGCCUGCUGCGAAAGUUGUGGAUGUGGAGUUGGGGGGACCGUCGUUGAGUUCCCCGGAUGUGGAGUUCGCGCUCCCUUCCAGCAAAGCUGCUGCAUCUUUGCCCGCUGGAAAGGUGGAAAUUAAAGCUCCAAAAAUUGAAAUCAAAGGAGGAGAUGCUGAAGUUGACAUAGAAAAAGGCAAAAGUGACGGAAAACUACGAAUGCCAAAGUUGAAACUUCCCAAAAUGCGACUCUCGCGUCAUUUGGAUGAAAUUGACGACGACAAAGGGAAGGUCACAGCAAAAGCAGACAUUAGUAUUCCGAAAGUGGAAAUAACAGGGGGCGUUCCAUCAUUUCAAAAGCCUUCUGUUGACAUCUCUUUACCAAAAGUCAAAGGAAAAACUGACAUCAAUGUAAAAACGACAAUCAAGAAACCUGCAAUAGACAUUUCUGUGCCGGAUGUAGAGCUGUCUGUUGGGAGACUUCCAGAUGAAGUGGAGGGCACUUUCAAAGGACAAGAAAUAUCGAUGCCUGCACAUGAUAUUUCAUUACCAACGAUGGAAUCCCCUGAACUGGAUGUUGAGGGCACAGAAAGCAGAAGUAAAUUCUGUCUCCCUUCCGCUGAUGUUGGAGUAGACAUGAGUCAUUACAUAGGUGGAGAUGGAAAGUUCACCUUACCGAAUUUUGAUGUAUCCCAAUCACAAAAUGUUCAAAGACCAGAUGUUGAAGGAAGCUUCAAGUUGCCGAGUGUGGACUUGUCGCUUCCCAAAGGCAAAGAAGUGGACGUUGAGCUGCCAGAUGUAGAUAUUUCUUUACCCAAAGUCAAUCUUCCGGAAGGUGAUGUCAAACUGAAAGGUCCAAAACUGAAAGGAAGAAAGUUAGAAAUGCCAGACAUCAAUGUCUCACUUCCCAAAGGAAAAGUCGAUGGUAGCAUUGCUCUUGAAGGCCCUGAUAUCAAAGGAGGAAAGUUCAAAAUGCCAACAUUAGAUGUUUCAUCCCCGAAAGUCAAUCUUCCAGAGGGUGGUGUCAAACUGAAAGGCCCAAAACUUAAAGGAGGAAAGAUGGAAAUUCCAGAUGUCGAUGUCUCACUUCCCAAAGUUGAGGGUGAUUUUGACAUUGAAGGAGCAAAGUUCAAAAUACCAACAGUUGAUGUUUCUUUACCAAAAGUCGAUCUCCCAGAAGGUAGUGUUAAAUUAAUAGGUCCAGAGGUCAAAGGAAGAAAGCUGGAAACACCUGACGUUGAUGUCACAAUUCCAAAAGUUGAGGGUGAUAUUAAUCUUCAAGGUCCAGGCGUCAAAGGAGGAAAGAUCAAAAUUCCAAAAUUUGAUGUUUCUUUACCAAAGGUCAGUCUUGUGGAAGGUGGAGUUAAACCAAAAGGUCCACAUAUAAAAGGAAAAAUGGAAAUUCCAGAUGUUGAUGUCUCGCUUCCCAAAGUUGAGGGUGAUUUUGAAAUAAAAGGCACUGAUGUGGAAGGGGGAAAGUUCACAAUGCCAACUUUUGAUGUUUCUUUCCCAAAAGUCAGUCUAUCAGAAAGUGAUGCUAAAUUAAAAGGUCCAGAAGUCAAGGGAGGAAAGAUAGAAAUGCCUGAUAUCGAUGUCUCACUUCCCAAAGGAAAAUUUGAAGGCGGUGUUGAGUUUGAAGGCCCUAAUUUUAGAGGAGGAAAGCUCAAAAUGCCAACAUUUGAUGUUUCUUUACCAAAAGUUAAUUUUCCAGAGGGUGGUGUCGAACUAAGAGGUCCUGAUUUCAAAGGAAAAAUUAAAAUUCCAGAAGUUGAUGUCUCAGUUCCAAAGGGUGAAGGAGAUUUUGAUAUUCAAGGCCCCGAUGUCAAAGGAGGAAAGUUCAAAAUGCCGACGUUGGAUAUUUCUUUACCAAAAGUCAGCCUUCCAGAAGGCGGCGUUAAAUUAAAAGAUCCAGUAUUCAAGGGAGGAAAGAUGGAAAUGCCAGAUGUUGAUGUCACACUUCCCAAAGUUGAGGGUGAUUUUCAUCUACAAGGCCCUGAUGUCAAAGGAGGAAAGUUUAAAAUGCCAAAAUAUGAUGUUUCUUUACCAAAAGUCAAUCUUCCAGAAGGAGAAGUUCAACUGAAAGGUCCACAAAAAAUGGAAAUGCCAGACAUUGAUGUCUCAGUUCCAAAAGUUAAGGGAGGUUUUGACAUUAAAGGCCUUGAUGUCAAAGGAGGAAAGUUCAAAAUGCCAACACUGGAUGUUUCUUUGCCAAAGGUUAGUCUUCCAGAGGGAGGUGUCAAACUCAAAGGCCCAAAAAUCAAAGGACAGAUCGAAACUCCAGAAGUUGAUGUCUCCGUUCCGAAGGUUGAGGGAGCUUUUGAUCUUGAAGGCCCUAAUAUAAAAGGAGGAAAGUUCCAAAUACCACCAUUAGAUGUUUCUUUGUCAAAGGUUAGCCUUCCAGAAGGUGGGGUCCAACUAAAAUGUCCUGAAUUCAAGGGAAAAAUGAAAGUUCCAGAUGUUGAUGUCUCAGUUCCAAAGGUUGAAAGAGAUUUUGACUUUGAAGGCCCUGAUGCCAAUGGAGGAAAAUUCAAAAUGCCAACAUUGGAUGUUUCUUUACCAAAAGUCAGUUUUCCAGAAGGUGGUGUUGAAUUUAAAAGUACAGAAUUCAAGGGAGGAAAAUUGGAAAUGCCAGACAUUGAUGUCACACUUCCCAAAGUUGAGGGUAAUGUUAAUCUUCAAGGUCCUAAUGUCAAAGGAGUAAAAUUCAAAAUGCCAACGUUGGAUGUUUCCUUACCUAAGGUCAAUCUCCCAGAGGGUGACAUCAAACUAAAAGGUCCAGAACUUCAGGGAAGAAAGGUCGAAAUGCCAGACUUAGAUAUUUCACUUCCUAAAGGAAAAGCUGAAGGAAAAAUAGGAAUUGAAGGGCAAGUUGGCAAAGGAGGGAAGUUUCAUAUGCCUUCUGUCGAUCUUUCUCUUCCUAAGAUGAAAACUAAAAGUCCAGAGAUCAAUAUUGAAGGCCCCGAAUUUAAAGGUGGAAAAGUGUCCGCCCCAGAUGUAGCUGUUUCUAUUCCAAAGGUUGAAGGUCCUGAAGUUAAUCUUCAGAGUCCUGAUGUCAAAGGAGGAAAGUUUAAAGUGCCAACUUUCGAUGUGUCCUUACCCAAAGUCAGAAUCCCUGAAGGCGGUAUUAAACUAAAAGGUCCAGAAAUCAAAGGAAGAAAGAUGGAAAUGCCAGACGUUGAUGUUUCAGUUCCUAAAUUUGAAGGUGAUGUUAAUCUACAAGGCCCUGAUAUCAAAGGAGGAAAGUUCAAAAUGCCACAUUUGGAUGUUACUUUGCCAAAAGUCAGUCUUCCAGAGGGUGGUGUCAAACUAAAAGGUCCUGAAAUUAAAGGAAAAAUGCAAAUUCCAGAUAUUGAUGUCUCAAUUCCAAAUGUUGAGGGAGAUUUUGACAUUGAAGGCCCUGAUGUUAAAGGAGGAAAGUUCAAAAUGCCGACAUUGGAUUUUUCUUCACCAAAAGUAAAUCUUCCAGAAGCUGAUGUUAAACUAAAAGGUCAAGAGCUUGAGGGAUGCAAGAUUGAGAUGCCAGAUUUAGAUAUCCCCAAAGGGAAAGCUGAAGGACAAAUAGGAAUUGAAGGGCAAGUUGGCAAAGGAGGAAAGUUUCAUAUGCCUUCUGUUGAUCUUUCUCUUCCUAAAAUGACAAUUAAAGGUCCAGAGAUUAAUAUUGAAAGCCCUGAAUUGAAGAGUGGAAAAGUCACUACUCAGAAUGUAAACCUUUCCCUUCCCAAGGUUGAAGAUGACCUGAGUCUUGAAGGUCCUGAUGUAAAAGGAGGAAAGUUUAAAAGGCCAACCUUUGAUUUGACUUUACCCAAAGUCAGUCUUCCAGAGGCUGAUCUUAAAAUAAGAGGUCCAAAAGUCCAAGGUGGAAAGAUGGAAAUUCCAGAAACCGAUGUCUCAUUUCCAAAAGGAAAAAUUGAUGGGGGAUUCACUGUUGAAGGUCCUGAUAGCAAAGGAGGAAAGUUCAAAUUGCCUACAUUGGAUGUUUCAUUGCCAAAGGUCAACCUCCCAAAGUUUGAUCCAGAUUUGGAAACGCCAAAUAUCAAAGGACAAGUUGAAGUGCCAAGUGUAGAUAUUUCUCUUCCAAAAGGAAAGGUUGAGAGCGAUCUUGGCAUUGAAGGCCCUCAUGUCAAAGAAGGAAAGUUUAAAAUGCCACAAUUGGAUGUUUCUUUGCCAAAAGUGAGUCGUCCGGAGGUUGGUGUCAAACUAAAAGGUGCAGAAUUUAAGGGAGGAAUGAUGGAAAUUCCAGACAUUGAUGUCUCACUUCCCAAAGUUGAGGGUGAUCUUGAUAAUAUAGGACUUGAGGGAAAAGGAGCAAAGGUAAAAAUGCCAACGUUUGACAUUUCUCUGCCAAAGGUUAGCCUGCCAGUGGGAGGUGUCAAGCUGAAAGGUCCUGAACUUGAGGAAAGGAAGAUUGAGAUGCCAGAUUUAGAUAUUGGAUUCCCUAAGGAAAAAGCUGAAGGAAAAAUAGGAAUUGAAGGGCUUGUUGCCAAGGGGGGAAAAUUUCAUAUGCCCUCUGUUGAUCUUUCUCUUCCUAAAAUGAAAACUAAAAGUCCAGAGAUUAAUGUCGAAGGUGUAGAAUUUAAAGGUGGAACGGUCCCCACCCCAAAUGUAGAUUUUUCCCUUCCAAAAGUUGAAGGUGACCUGAGUCUUGAAGGACCUGAUGUUAAAGGAGGAAAGAUAAAAAUGCCAACACUUGAUGUUUCUUUACCAAUUGUCAAUCUUCCAAAGGGUGGUGUAGAACUUAAAGGUCCAGAGCUCAGGGGAGGAAACAUGGAAAUACCAGACGUCAAUAUCUCACUUCCCAAGAGAAAAGUUGAGGGUGGUGUGGAACUCGAGGGCCCAAAUGUCAAAGGAGGAAAGUUCAAAAUGCCUUCAUUGGAUGUUUCCUUGCCAAAAGUAAAUCUCCCAAAAGCUGAUUCCCAUUUGGAAGCACCAAAAGUUAAAGGAAAAAUAGAGAAACCAAGAGUGGAUAUUUCACUUCCAAAAACAAAAUUUGAGGGAGAUAUUGAUAUUGAAGGUCCAGAUGUAAAAACAGGAAAGUUUAAAAUGCCAACAGUUGAUGUUUCUUUGCCAGAUGUCAAACUUCCAGAGGGUGGGGUCAAAAUAAAAGGUCCAGAACUCAAGGGAGCGAAGAUUGAAGUUCCAGAAAUGGAUGUCUCACUUCCUCAAGGACACCUGCCUGCAGGUGUUGAUAUUGACAUCAGAGGAGGAAAGUUUCACAUGCCUUCUGUUGACCUUUCUCUUCCUAAAAUGAAAUCAAAAGGUGCAAAUAUCAAUAUCGAGGUUCCUGAUGUUAAAGGUGGAAAAGUCACAAUGCCGACAGUUGACAUUACUCUUCCCAAAGUAGAAGGAGAACUGGAUCUUAGCUCCCCUGAUCUCAAAGGAGGACAGGUAGAAAUGCCAAAAAUUGACAUUUCUUUACCAAAAGUCAAUGUUCCAGAAGGUGGUGUCAAAGGUCCAGAACUCAAAGGAAAGGUUGAAAUUCCAGACCUUGAUAUUUCACUUCCAAAGGUCGAAGGGGAUUUUGACUUUGAAGGCCCUGAUGUCAAAGGAGGCAAGUUUAAAAUGCCUAAACUUGAUAUGUCUUUGCCAAAGGUCAGUCUUCCAGAGGUUAGUGCCAAACUAAAGGGUCCAGACUUUGAAGGAAGGAAAACUGAUGUCUCAUUUCCCAAAGUUGAAGGAAAUCUGGAUGUUGAAAGCCCUGAUGUUAGAGGAGGAAAAUUCAAAAUCCCAACAUUUGAUGUUUCUUUACCAAAAGUCAACCUUCCUGAAGGGGGUUUUAAACUCAAAGGUGAAGAAUUCAAGGGAGGAAAGAUGGAAAUACCAGACAUUGAUGUCUCACUUCCCAAAGUUGAAGGUGAUGUUAAUGUUCAAGGGCCUGAUGUCAAGGAAGGAAAAUUCAAAAUGCCAACGUUGGAUGUUUCUUUACCAAAAGUCAAUUUUCCAGAGGGUGGUAUCAAACUAAAGCGCCCAGAACUCAAGGGAAGAAAGAUGGAAAUUCCAGACGUUGAUAUAUCACAUGAAAAAGGCAAAGUUGAAGCAGGUGUUGAUCUUGAAGGUCCUGGCAUCAAAGGAGGAAAGUUCAAAAUGCCAAUAGUUGAUGUGUCUUUACCAAAAGCCAAUCUUCCAGAGGGCGGUAUCAAACUAAAGGGGCCAGAGUUCAGUGGGGGAAAGAUUGACAUGCCAGACUUUGAUAUAUCAUUCCCCAAAGGAAAAGCAGAAGGAGAAGCAGGAAUUGAAGGCAAAGUUGGCAAAGGAGGAAAGUUUCACAUGCCCUCAGUAGAUAUUUCCAUCCCUAAAGUGAAAACAAAAGGCCCAGAGAUCAAUUUUGAAGGUGGUGUUAAAUUAAAAGGUCCACAAGUCAAGGAAGGAAAGAUAGAAAUGCCUGAUAUCGAUGUCUCACUUCCCAAAGGAAAAAUUGAAGGCGGCCUUGAGCUCGAAGGCACUGAUUUUAAAGGAGGAAAGUUCAAAAUGACAACGUUGGAUGUUUCUUUACCAAAAGUCAAUUUUCCAGAGGGUGGUGUCAAAUUAAAAGGUCCUGAAAUCAAAGGAAAAAUGAAAAUUCCAGAGGCUGACGUUUCAGUUCCAAAGGUUGAGGGAGAUUUUGACAUUGAAGGCCCUGAUUUUAAAGGAGGAAAGUUUAAAAUUCCAAAAAUGGAUGUGUCUUUACCAAGAGUCAAUCUUCCAGAGGGUGGUGUCAAACUAAAAAGUCCUGAAAUAAAAGGAAAAAGGAAAAUUCCAGAAGUUGACGUCUCGACUCCAAAAUGUGAGGGAGAUUUUGACAUUGAAGGCCCUGGUUUCAAGGAAGGAAAGUUUAAAAUUCCAACGUUGGAUGUUUCUUUACCAAAGGUAAAUCUUCCAGAGGGUGGUGUCAAACUGAAAGGUCCCAAAAUCAAAGGAAAAGUGCAAAUUCCAGAAGUUGACAUCUCUACUCCAAACGUUGAGGGGGGGUUUGACAUUGAAGGCCCUGAUGUCAAAGAAGGAAUGUUCAAAAUGCCAACAUUGGAUGUUUCCUUACCAAAAGUCGAUUUCCCAAAGGGGGGGAUCAAACUAGAAGGUCCUGAACUCCAGGGAGGGAAGAUGGAAAUUCCAGACGUUGAUGUCUCACUUCCCAAAGUUGAAGGUGAUGUUCAUCUUAAAGGCCCUGAUGUCAAAGGAGGAAAAUUCAAAAUGCCAACGUUGGAUGUUUCUUUACCAAAAGUCAAUUUUCCAGAGGGUGGUAUCAAACUAAAGAGGCCAGAGUUCAGUGGGGGAAAGAUUGACAUGCCAGACUUUGAUACAUCAUUCCCCAAAGGAAAAGCAGAAGGAGAAGCAGGAAUUGAAGGCAAAGUUGGCAAAGGAGGAAAGUUUCACAUGCCCUCAGUAGAUAUUUCCAUCCCCAAAAUGAAAACAAAAGGUCCAGAGAUGAAUAUCGAAGGUCCCGAAUUUAAAGGUGGAGAUAUCACUAUGCCAACGGUUGACAUUUCUGAUGCAAAAUUUGAAGGAGACCUUGGGUUUGAAAACCCUGACUUUAAAGGAGGAAAGAUCAACAUACCAACAAUUGAUGUUUCUUUACCAAAGGUCAAUAUUCCAGAACGUGACGUCAAACUAAAAGGUCCCGAAAUCAAAGGAAAAAUGAAAAUUCCAGAGGUUGAUGUCUCAGUUCCAAAGGUUGAGGGAGAUUUUGACAUUGAAGGCCCUGAUAUCAAAGGAAGAAAGUUCAAAAUGCCAACGUUGGAUGUAUCAUUACCAAAGGUCAAUAUUCCAGAGGGUGCCGUCAAACUAAAAGGUCCUGAAAUCAAAGGAACAAUGAAAAUUCCAGAGGUUGAUGUCUCAGUUCCAAAAGUUGAGGGAGAUUUUGACAUUGAAGGUCCUGGUGUCAAGGGGGGAAAGUUCAAAAUGCCAGCAUUGGAUGUUUCAUUACUAAAUGUCAAUCUUCCAGAUAGUGGUGUUAAGCUAAAAGGUCCAGACCUUGAGAUGAGGAAGAUCGACAUGCCAGACAUCGAUGUCUCAUUUCCUAAAGGAACAGCGGGAGGACAAAUAGGAAUUGAAGGCCAAGUUGGUAAAGGAGGAAAGUUUCAUAUGCCCUCUGUCGAUAUUUCUCUUCCUAAGAUUAAAACAAAGGGACAAGACAUAGAUGUUGAAGGUCCUGGUAUUAAAGGUUCCUUUCCCAAAAUAAAAUCUCCAGGAGUAGACGUCAGUUUGGAAGGCCCUGGUGUAAAAGUUGCCACCCCAUCAAUGGCAGGAGAAGUUUCAGUCGAAGGUUCCCAUAAACGUGGCACAGUCAAACUUCCGACUGUUGACAUCUCAGCUCCGAAGGUGGAUCUUGACUUUGGCCUCACCAAACCAAAAGGUGAUGAUGUGGAAGUUGCGCUUCUGAAGGCUGAAGGAAGCAGGCCUUCUUCUGGGGGAAGUUUUGAAUUGCCUAAUGUCUCACUGAAAGUCCCCAGUUUUACUCUUCCUAGGUUUAGUGGAAAGCGCAAAAGUGGUCAUUUGGAGGUGUCCGGACAAAGCUCUGAAGGUGACAUUUCUCUCGGGGCGCCAUCAAUUGAGUUGGACAGCAGAGUCAAAGGGAAACAAGCUCAACUCAAAAAGCCCCACUUUGGAGUAUCCAAAACAGAUGCAGAUGUGUCUGUGUCUUGUCCUGAAUUAGAUGUCAAUGUAAAACAGGGAGACGCGGACAUUCCUAAACCAAAUACCAAUGCUGAUGUGGAAAGUAAAGGUCGAUUCCAUGCACCUGAUGUCACUAUCAAAUUCCCAAAAUUCUCCAUGCCAGGAUUUGCUUCAAAAGAUUUAGGAAAGUCAAGUGAUGACUUUGAAGCUAAGGCGAAAGCCAAGAUGCCCUCAGUUGAGCUAUCACUUCCUGCCACUAAAUCACCAGAAUUGGAGGUUCUUCUCCCAAAAGCAGAGUUGGACAUUUCAGAAGGUGACCUGAAAAUUCCCAAAAAGCCUGUGAUUGACGUGUCUGUUCCCAAAGUAGAUCUGGCUGUCCCACUUCCUAAAACUGACAAAGGUGGUUCACAUGUGAAGGGAGAACAUACAGGUCUGAAACUGAAAAUGCCAAGACUCGAUAUCAAAGGUCCAACUGGAGAUCCUGAGCUGGACGUGCGACUUCAGAAAGGAGAGACUAUGGUGGAAGUAUCUGACUUAGAAACCAAUAGCAAAAUGAAAGAGCCCAAAGUCAAGGGUACAAAGUUCAAUAUUGGAAUGCCAAAAAAGAAAAAUGGUGGCGGUGUAAAAGUUGAGCACAAAAUAACUAAAACUGGUAUCUAUGGUCCAACAUCCACAAGCCACAAUGGACACAAAGACGGAAACAUUAAUGUCCAAAUACCCAGUCUUACAUUACCAAGUGGAAGUAUACAAAGCAAAGAAGGUUCAGCAGAAUGUGGUCUCCCAUCGUCAUCUACUACAGUCCCCAGAAUUCCAGACAUCGAUUUUGAUAUUGGCACAGCACAGGACGAAGAAGAGGAAAAAUCAGGCAAGAAGAUAAAAAUCCCCAAGUUUGGUGUUCCGCUACCAUCCCUUUCUUCCCCGGAAGGUCGGCUGGAGAUCUGUGGAACGGAGAGCAAAUACGAGGGCCCCAAGGUUCCCAAAGUAAAGAAAGCAGUUUUUGUUUUGGUGAACCCCCCUCAAACUGACGAUGUAACUUUAUAUACAGAUGACGCCAAGGUGAAGAUUCCAAAGUUCCAAACAAAGUCCACAGAAACACCAAAGUCAGGUGACGUUCCACUCAAGGGAGAAUGUCCAAGUUCACGGUUCCACUUUGAGAAAGAUUCAAGUCCUCACAUGGGCUACAAAGUUGAUGACGUGGCAGCGAGUGGAAAAGUCAAACUUCCAAAGGUAGAAUUCACUUCUCCUUAUGGCAAGAAACCUGCAGGUGACACCAACUUGGAAAUAACAACCAGAUUUGGAAAACCUUCAUUAUCAGGGAAAGACACUAAAGGGCUCCAUAUAAAACCAGGCAAGGUCUCAUUUGGAGAUUUUCCUGAGGAGUCUUCAACGGAAGUGGUCUCACACCACUCCAGAACGGAAAGGCUUGAACGUGACAUCUCUGGAUCGCCAGAUGAUUUUACCAUGAAAUUCAGCUCGACAAAGGUUCAAUCCUGGAGCGAGGAAGACACUAGAGGAGACAUCCAAGGGAGAAAUUCUCCUCCGUGGUCCAAGGCCCCCAAAUUCACCCUCAAGCCACACUCCACAGGCUUCCUGCAGAUCACGCCGGAGGGGUCUCCUCAGGCUCAGCGGCUAGGAGAGCUGGGAGGUGAGGCCGUCUCGGGCUCAUUCUGCCUGCGCACCUCCGACGUCACAACAAGAGAAGUGUCCUCACUGGGGGGAGGAGCCUCAGUUACCAUGGUGACAACGACCACCAGGACGACGCGGCACGCCAAAUCAACUGGGACGACUGCGGGAGACCCGGUGGGGACCACUCAGCCGCCAUCAGACCUCUGA